AUGGAGGAGUCAGGCUUUUCUGUGGUGGAGCUGCGGCGUAGACUCAGGAGUAGAGAUAUUCGCGUAUCAGUUGCAGUGACUCUGAAACAGUUAGAAAUGAGGAACCAGAUGGAGAAAACGGAGAAGAUUAUUCAACAAAAGAGCCGAACAAGACCAGCUCCUGCGAAGUUCCCCCGCCUCGCAGUCACAGGAGAGAUCAGCAACAUUACAAGCGACCGUGGUGGAGGAGGAGACGAGCAAGAGGCAACGAACAACCUUUUACGAGAUUCUAAAGAUGUCUUCGAAGAAAACUUGCUUCACUUCAGGGGAGACAGUGAUAAGAAGAAGCCACACCGACUCCUUAUUGGCUGCUUUCAAAUUAGAUAA